UCUUCUGCCAAUAGAACAAGGACAGCGCAUAGAAGAGGCCACCCCCCCUCUCCAAAUCCAAAUGAAUCGCCAGGCACUCGAGGAGGAGCUGACGGUUCAGGAGGUGAUUCUCGACUCGCUGCAGGACGAGGCCGGGGAGGAUGCGGAGGUGCAGCGGGACGAGGCGAGGAGGGAGAUUGUGAGGCUCAAGCGGAUGCUGAGGACGCUGUCCAUGACUGCUGCCGGUGGUGAAGCCGGCCAAGAUACGAGUACGAGAGCCUGUCAUGAUGCCGUGAGCUGUUUGUGCAAAUGCUGAUUCGGUGCAUUUUUUUCUUCUUAUAGUAAUAGGUCGUCCUAGAGCCGCACAUGCCCAAAGCCAGGCCUCACAGGCUCCAGCGUCGUCACCACAAAGUGAGUACGUGCGCUUUUUCGUCAUUGAAUUGGAUGGGCAACUUUUUGGUUAUCCUUAUCUGCUGCCCGGUAUCUUUUUGCUUGGUUUGG